AUGCAGCCCAGACGACGGAAGCGCGUCGUCUUCGUCUUCCUCCUCGCGACGCUCGUCACCUCCGCCCACGCCUCCGACUGGACCGCGAGUCGCGACUGCUUCGCCCACUGCCACUUGAACGCGUCGCUGUGUCUCGUCCCGUCCACUGGAGGACGCCGCGACUGUCUCGCUCUGACGCCAGGCGAGACGUCGCUCGAGUGGCGCGUGGCGCUGGAAGCCACCGACCGCUGCACGUUCGGGGCACUCGAUCUCUCACUUGCUACUGAAGUGCAGACGCUGAAGCUCGAGGGGCACAAGAAGACGCACGUCCAAUUCGACGUGACGAGGCUCUGGACGGCUCCUGGACGACUGACUUCGCUGGUCCUUUCGGGGCUGAACCUCUUGAGGACGACGCUCCCUGCGCUCCCACGGUCGGUCAAGCACGUGCAGAUCACUGACUGUGUCCUGGCUCAAGUGCCUGUGAAGUGGUUGCUCACGGUGCCUCAUCUCGAGACGCUUGUGCUGCGCGAGAAUUUAUGGACGAAAGCACCGCACGCGCUAUUGGAACUCAGCGACAGGCAGUGGUCGCGACUACGCAGUCAAGUUGUGGGAGAGGGGGCGGAGGAGGUGCAUGUGGAGGAAGCGCAGGCGAGAGCGUGUGCGGAUGGAAAAGGAGGCACUGUGCAGAGACUAAGUGGGUGGCCAGUGUGCGUGACUCGAGAUCGACGGCUCCGUCGACGGCUGGUGAUUUUUGAAAGCUUGGGGUCGGAUGGAAGUGGAUUAGAAAGCGGAUCGACGCAGGAUGAUGAUGACGAGAUACCGACACUUGUGAUGCUCAGCGUGAGCUUGCCUUGUCUCUAUUUCGUGUACAAGAUGGGGCUCUUCGUUUUCUUUAUGCGGACGUACGGUCGAUAUUGUAGCGAGAACGGCGCUGUACGUGAAGCAGUGCCAGACAACCGGUUGCGACACUUGACGCACGAUAGUGACGAGAGCCGCUAUACGACAAAUGACUCGAGUACUUCGCCACUGCCCUCUCCGUCACCUCGCGUUCAUCAGCGACGGAAGAAACAGCCGUUGAAUGUCAGCAGCUCUCAAUUUUGGGUAAGUGAGGAGCUGCAGCCAUGGCGGUUGGAUUUUAAGCGCCUGAAUAUGCUCAAGUGUCUCAACUUGCUGUCAACUGAAAAGCGUCGAAGUUUACGAAAACAGAGUAUCAUGAACGCCAUGAAUCCUCGCGAGAUCUGGUUGGCAUCUCUUGCUAUAAACGACGCGUCUGUCACAGCAGUAUCACCUGGAGGAGGCAUCAAUGAAAUUUUAGUGGUGGUAAAAUAUCUGGCUCCUAAGGGGAACGAAGAACUAUGCUCAUCUAAUGAUGGUGAUGGAAGUGCACGGGAUAAGCUGAAGCGCGAAUUAAAGCGGCAAGCCUUGUUCUCACAUCCGCAAGUGGUGACCUUCAUCGGUGUAGCUUGGUCUCUUGAGACGCAUCUGUGUGGUGUUACAGAGUACAUGGCUCAAGGUGAUCUCCGGCAGUGGCUUCGUCGUACUGCAGGCAAAGAGUCAGGUCAAUGGUCGUAUCUUAAAGUGAAUAUGGUGCUGGACGUGAGUAAGGCUCUGCUUUACUUCCACUCGAUGCAGCCACGUUUGGUGCAUGGCAAUUGCAACUCGCGGAACGUUCUGCUGGACCAGUCGCUGCGUGCUAAGCUGAGCGACUUUGGCCAGGAUGGACGACCCGACGCCCUUACUGAGGAAGAGUUCAUGUCGUACAGUGCUGUAGGAUCGGGUCGUUGGAUCUCACCCGAAGCGCUUUUGGGGCGUGAGACAAGCACGUCGUACCCGGAUGCCGGCGACGUAUACUCGCUUGGAAUCUUGAUUGCUGAGAUGGACUCACACGAGCUUCCUUUCUCGGACUUGAUGCAGGCGAACAAGGCAGCUGUCCCAGAAACGGACAUUUUGCAAUUGAUUGCGAGGGGUGCGCUAUCUCCCACAUUGUCGCCGUCGUGUCCGAAAAGUAUCGUGAAGCUGGUGACUGCGUGCACUAGCUACAAACCUGAGUGCAGACCUAGCAGCGCCCAGGUACAUCAAGAUUUGCUGCAUAUCUUGGAAGACUUUCGAGAGUUCGAGAGUCAGACGACGGCCACGAUUUCGACUGGAGCACCGCGUUCAAACCCGCCGUCACACCUGGUUUGA